AGAGCAAGCUGAGAGCGUUUGUGAUCAACCCUCAAAGAAUUUCUACAUGAAUGAAUUGCAGGACAGCGAUGAUGACUGUUCAACCCGGGCCAUACCUUCCCAUUCCCUGACUCAAGUUAUUGACGGCUCUAGGCCAAUGCCAGAACGACCUUUCACUGCUAUGAUUGACAAGGAGAUAGCCAAUCAGAAGCAAAUCCUGGCCGCGUCUCUUCUUUCUCACAAGUCGCCGCUCAACAAACAAGCAUCCCUUAAAAAUUCUCCAGCCAAUAGAAUUGAACACUCAGCUCCUGGGUUGCUCCACAACAGUCCUCAAAUAAAAGAUAUCAAAUAUAUGUCACAUGAUGGAGAUGUUGCAAUCAACCAAUCACCAAGCACACUUAAUUGCGGCAGGGAAAUAUUAAAGAAUGGCCCCUCCUUUGGCAACACUUCCCUACUGACUCCAGAAAAAAAUGAACUGAUCAGUCGAUUCAUGCAGAGUCAAGCAGAGGUCCUCCACUCUAAGCUUGACUUGGAGAGAAACUUUGACCAGGUGAGGCGUAAGGAG